GUUGAAAUUUAUUCACGUAUCAUCAACCUACAAAAUACAAUCAUGUCGGAACUUGAUUUUUCUAACCCACCAAAAAUCAUUGCCACCGAUGGAAUCGCUCAAAUCGAAGUUUUUUCAGCAAAUGAACCAAAUACUAAAGAACUUCAAUAUCGCAAGGGCUUUAUUAAUGGCAAAGAAACGUUAAAACCUGUCGAUUUAAUUGUCAAAGGGGGCCUACCUUCGUGGUUAAAAGGUGAAUUCUUUACUAUAGGUCAAAGUACUUAUGAUAUAAAAUAUACAAAAAUGAUCGGAACUGAAGAAGGUUACGAAAGUGCAACUGCAACGUUUUCCAUGGGCCAUUGGUUUGAUGGUUUACCUUUGGUUAAUCGCUUUGCAAUAAACGGUACAAAUAAUAAAAUAAAUUAUAGAUCAAGGCUAACAAGUAAAAAACAUGAAACAAAAAUACGUGAUAGUCACGGGAUCGUAACAAAACACCCAUUUUCUCUCUUCAAGACAAAUCCAAAUCAAACUCCGUUGGCUAAACUUAUCAGAACAAAACGUACAACAAAACCAGAACUUGAACCUUGUUCUGCUAAUAUCAGUACUAACUAUCCUUAUAAUAAACCGGGUGAAAAACCUAAAAUAUAUUGCCAAAAUCACGCAAGCCAAGUUGUAGAGCUUGACGCGUAUGAUCUUACCCCUACACGCGUGUUUUCAUGGGAUGAAUUAGAUCCAAUGAUAAAGGGUGAUCAUGCAUCUCCCCAUUCUCAUUUUGAUGAGACUACUGGUGAAUUGAUCAACUUUAAUAUGGAGUAUCAUACUAUGGGUACUACGUACAACUUUUUUUCUGUAUCACAGAAUAAUCAAAACGUCCAAUUGAUCGGUUCUGUAACUGCAAGAAUGUCCUAUGUUCACAGUUUUGGUGUUACUCCACGAUACAUAAUUCUGGUUCUAUUUCCAUAUUAUGGAAAAAGUUCUGGAAUCAAUUUCACAUGGUCCGAUAAUAUUGUGGAUUCUUUUGAAUUCAAACCAAAUGAACCUACGUUAUUUUAUGUAAUUUCUAGAGAAAAAAAGCAGCAUGUCGCUACUUACAAAUCAGAUCCUUGUUUUGCGUUUCAUCACAUAAACGCAUUUGAAGAUGAUAAUAAUAAUUUAUAUUUAGAUAUUGCAUGCUACGAUAACUCUGAUAUUUUAAAUGAUCUUGAACUUGAAAAUCUUCGAAAAGGUUUGCCAGGGGGACUUCAAAUGGCCGAAGUUCGUAGAUUUGUAUUACAGAAUAUUCAACAAGGAUCAUUAAAGUUUGCAAAUAUUCCACAAGCAACUCGAAUGGGAAACUUGCAAAAUAUGGUGUCAUCAAUGAUUUGGAGUCGAUCCACGAAUCAAGAUUCUUCUCCUUGGCCUAUUGCCGACUAUGUGAGAUGUGCAGAUUCCACACUAGAGCUGCCAAGAAUUAACCCAAGAUAUCAGCGCCUUCGAUACCGUUAUGUCUACGGUAUUGGUCUUUCUGCCAAAGGCGGACUAGAAAAUCAAAUUUGGGAUUCUCUUGUUAAAUGUGAUUUGGACGUUAAAGAAGCAGUGGCAAUGUGGAGUUCAGAAAAUUGUUAUCCAUCAGAAGCGAUAUUUGUACCACAUCCCGAAAAAGAUAGUGAAGAAGAUGAUGGUGUGUUAUUAAGUAUUGUAUUUGAUAGUGAAAAUGAUAAAAGCUUUCUUUUAGUACUUGAUGCGAGAACAAUGAGUGAAUUGGUAAGAACCUAUUUACCACAAGUUGUGCCAUUAAGUUUCGGACAUGGUGCUUUUAAAAGGAAUG